UUCCUCCUUCACUUGGUUGGACGCCACACCACGUCCCACCAGCCCCUGGACUGUGGUGUCCAGUGCACAUCUGGCCACCAUGGGGGCCCCGGAGCCCUCCUGGUGCCUUCUGUUCCUUCCUGUCCUCCUGACUGUGGGAGGAUUAAGUCCCGUACAGGCCCAGAGUGACACUUUCCCAAGAUGCGAAUGCUCUUCCGUGAGCCCGGGGGUGCUGGCUGGGAUUGUGCUGGGUGACUUGGUGUUGACUCUGCUGAUUGCUCUGGCUGUGUACUCUCUGGGCCGCCUGGUCUCCCGAGGCCGAGGGACCACAGACGGUGAGUGGGGCUGGUGGAGGACUGGCAUCGGGAACUACACGUGCAAGGGCCCUGGGGAGCUUCAGGGUCAGAGGCCAGAAGUAUACAGUGACCUCAACACACAGAGGCAAUAUUACAGAUAAGCUCGCCCUAUGCCCAUCAGCAACCUGAUGCCUGGAUCCAGUCAUUCCAGAUGCCUACUCAACAAGCCCUCCCUGGGAUCAGGACACCCCCUGGAAUACAGAUCCACAGAGUGCCUCCCUGAGAUAUCUGACCUCGUACCAUUUCUGUCCCCAAAUAAAAGACGGAGCAAAAACAA